AUGACCCGAUACCGGCACCCCGGCCGCCCCGGGGCUUCAGUGAGGCCCGGCACGGCUCUGCCGGGGUCCCGCUCACACGCACCGGCAAGGCCCGGCCUGGCCUGGUCCCGGCCCUGGGCCGACCAAGGGGGCUCGGCGGGACGCGGGGCUCCCGGCGAGGGCGUUUCCAGCCCCGCUCCUCACCAAAUUUUGGGGGAAACAGGACUCGCAGACAAGGGGGGGCGGAUCCUCCGGGGAAGGAGGGAGCGGGCCGAGGCGGGCGGAGCGAGCGGCUGCCGGCGGCUCGGGGCGGGGGAAGGGGAGGCGGGUAACGGCAACGGGGGCGCUCCUGGAAGCGGCAGCGCUGGGUGCCCGGACCCUCCCGGGGGCGGGCGAUUCGCUGAGGCCCAGGAACCGGCGGCGGCCGGCGGUGAGGCAGCGGGAGGGCAGGGCGGACUCGCCGGGCCAGGGGCUACGAGCAGGCGGGCUGGGGGCGCCGUGCCUGCCCCAGGAGCGCGGCAAAGCGGCGGCUGGGCGGGCAAAGAGGCGGUUGGGCACUCGGUCGGUCACUCAGUCACUCACCCGUGUGGCGGGUGGGGCGCCGGGGAGAGGAGCAGCUCGGGCACACCCCCACCCCCCCGUCACCGCCGGUCGCUCACGGCCGCUCGCUCGCCGGGACCGUCCCUUUCAUUCGGGGCAGGGGACGCUGCGCCGCCGCCGCCGCCGCCGAGCGCAAGCACGCACGCACGCACGCACGCAGGAGCGGACGGACGCACGCACGCACGGCGCGCUCGGACCGCGACGGCGCGACGCUGCGGGGCGGUGCCCGAUUGGCGGCGCGGCGGGAGCACGCCGGGCCCGCGCGGCCUCCUGCGCACGCGCGCCACCGCGCGCCUUCCCCUCCCCUUCUCCGCGAGGGCCGGAGGCGGGAGAGCCGGGAAACGGAAAGGGGCGGGGCCGGGGGCUCUGCGCCUGCGCAGUUCUCACCCGCAGCCGUUGGAGGUGGGGGGGGCGAGUGCUGGGAUCGCGCAGACACAGUCGCUCUCAGGCGCGCGGUGCGGCCUGUGCGCAUGCGCAGAGCGCCUCGAGGCGGGCGGUAGCGCUCAGGGGGCGCGUGCGCGGGUCCUCAGGGCGGAGCCUCUCGGGCCUGCCCCGGCCCCGGCGUUCGGGGGGACACGGCGGGUGGUGCCCGCGGAGAAUGGGCUGUGCUGGCCCAGCGAGUGCGCGUGUAGAGUCAUAGAAUCAUUCCCGUUGGAAAACGCCCUCAAGAUCGUCGAGUCUGACUUAACAGUGGCACUAAACCACGUCCCGGAGAACCACAUCUACACGUCUUCUAAACCCCUCCAGGGAUGCUGUCUCCACCACUGCCCUGGGCAGCCUGUUCUAGUGCCUGACAAACACUUCUGGGCAGCACCUCCAGGGCUUCCUUAUAGAGAGGACCCCAGAACUGCGGUGGCUCGUGGCCGUGUGACAAGCUGUCUGUGAGGAAGCAAGAGAAGUCACGGUUCCCUUCGCUGCCCCGCUGGGAGUUCACGCUGUCCUCAGGGUUACUGGGAGGGGAAGAGAAACCUGGGCUUUAGCCACAGCUCCUUGGGCACAGCCGUAAAAGCAGGGCUUUGGACCACCAAAAUAAACCCCAGUUUUGCUAAAUGUGCUGAGGCAGCAGAACAAGGCCUCAGGCAGAAGGAUUAUG